CAAGCGACAGUUCCAAGCCCAAACUCUUUGGCGUAGGUCUCUAUGAAUUCCGCUGACCUGAGGACCAGGAGACAGACGACCCCUUUCAAACUAUGCUCCUGCUUUCUGCAUGUUCGCACAAUUAUGCAUGCUGUGGCCUAUCUUGAGGCAUAGAUCUGUCCAGUAGCAUUUUGUAGAAGGCGCCCGAGCCUGCCCGGUGGCGCAUUGAGCGUAGCAGUUUCGCCUCCCUGGGCCUAACCAGGACGCCGGAGCCCCUAAUCAUCAGCUUAGCACAAAAGUAUCAGUUUCGAGUUCAAGUCAUGACCUCAGCGGAGGGAGGAGCUCGCUGCACGAGGUAAGGCCUAGCCUCGCGACUCGCGCAGCGCACUGUGGGCGUAUUUAGGCAGGGAAUGGAUGCAUAUGGGCUUAAUGAAUGCUUAUAGAUUGGUUGCGACUGUCUUUGCGAGGUGGGUCAACGAGUUUGGCGGAGAUGGACCGGGCCCAGGAGCGAGCGACCAGCGAGAAAGGCUUCCCUCAAGCUAGCAAAUGACAGAGCUGGCCAUGGGGUGUAGCCCUGAAUGACUGGCGCCAGUCGCCAGUUGCAGCGCACAAAAAGUCCGUGUUCACCGGUGCCCGGUCGUACAACGCCACGGCGGGCUAUUUCAGCCGCUGCCCCUUGCCAUUUUCAUUAUUCGCUGCUCGCUCAGACACUGGCCAGUCUCUCCAGUAGUCAUAACUACCUCUAGCACUCCGUAUUGCCUUCCUACUUCUGCUUUCACGCACCAUUACCGAAAAUGCAGAGCCUUCGCUCCGCAGCUUCGUCGCGCAGCUGCCCCUACAUGCCCCGCACCGGCCGGCAGCUUGUGCCUACGCCGUUUCGCGUUAGUGUCUCGGCUGGUCGCUCGCGCGCGCCAGUUGCGACGCAGCCGGCGCGCGACGUGCAUCUCGCCGGUUCCAUGGCCACGAGCUCGGGCCCUGCACAGGAUUGGCGUGGUGAGGUCCCUCAGUCGCCGCUUCCCUCCGUCGCCCCCGUAUCUCCCGCCAAGGCCGUCAAGUGGUUCUUCCCUUCGGCUGCCCAGCCCCUGGCGUCGGUCGAGGAGGCCUUUUCCGAGGUGGUCGCAAUCACCACCGACGCCACACGCCUGCUGCCAGCCACGCUGGUGUCGAUCUUCGCCGCGGCGUGGCCGGUCAUUGCCAAGGCCUGGACCCAGCCCGUGGGCGACACGGUGCGCAUCUUGACGGCGGGCACCUGUGCCCUCGUGAGCCGGCUGUCGGAGCUGGCGGCUGCUGCCGCCACCAUCCUGGCUGCUGGCGCCGCCGCCGCCGCCGCCACCACCACCACCACCACCACGUCCCGGCUUGCGGCCACCUCCGCCACCGCCCAGACCGCCACCGCCACCUCCACCCCUCCCUCGGCGGUGUAUGACACGGCGGCGGCCAACAAGUACCUUGAGGGCACGGCCUUCGCCCGCCACGCCGUCCUGGCAACGAGCUGCCAGCAGGUGCUGGAGCUGACACGGGUCUGCACCUGCGCCGGGAAGCCCUUCGCCAUCGCGCUCAUGCCCGAUUAUACGUAUUUCGACAAGUCGGCGCAACUGGACGCCCUUGCGGAGAUGGCCUCUGCCUCGGGCUCGCUGCUAAUCGCCUGCAGCAUCGCGCCUGGCUUCUACAAGCGCGCCGCCGCCGCCGCCGACAUGAUGGGCACGCCCGAGGGCUGGGACGCCAGUGCCGCCGACGUGGAGCGGCAGUUCGGUCUGGACGUGGCGCUGGCGUCCCGCAUCCCCGGCGCCCGCAACCGCGGCAUCUUGGAGCCGGUUACCGGCAUGCCCGCAUUCAUGUUCGGCGGCUGGUUCGUGGCUCACAACGGCCCUCUCUCCAACUAUGCCUGCACCUCUGGCUGCGAGCUGCCGCUUUCGUCGCCGUUCAAGCUGCUGGACGCGAUGGGGAUCUUCAAGAGGUUGCUGGAGUGGCGGCAAAAGCAGGCGGCGGUGGCGCGACUGGCUGUGGGAAACCACUAAGUACAUGAGUUUGAAGGGCGAACAUCGCCAAAUGUUUAUACUGUUGUUAUAGGCAAGCCUAGUUUGCUUCUUCAGUAUCCGCGGGAGUCAUAACUCCUGCCAUGUUAAUACUCACAAUGCGAGAGUAAGGCGUACCUAACGCCUUGGCGGACGGGCAGUGGAGAUGAUUCCUCUUGCUGGCCCGUAGUCCAGCACUGAUUCCUGCUGAUUGUUUUGACAAUGGCGUCCUCAAACCAGGGGAGCCGUCCACACAUGUGCGAUGAGCCCUUCCCCAUGCCGUGUGCGUGACUAGCACCUACACAGCGUAUGUGUACUGUGCUCGCAACGGCAUUGCGAUGACCGCUGUGGACACGCGUGUGAAUGGCUGGACUGGGGCGCGGCAUGGGCAAGCUCAUAUGCUCAUGCCAUGCCCCGUCGGUCUGUGUUUGGACAAAGAAAGUUUGGACGUGCGUACGUGCAGGGACCAUAAGCCCCUCGUACUCGAGUAUGCUUACUUGGUGAUUGAGACCGAGCCGCAACGGCAGGUGCUGAGCGCGCGCGCAAGGUAGGGCUGCUAGUAAGAGAUGGCUUGGCCAUGUGGCUGGAUGAAUGUGCGUAGGGUGGCUCCUAGCUACCAGCGUACGUGUAUACAUAGUAACAAUAAUGGCACGCUUCUCACACAGUGAUACCGCUGUGCUGUCUGGCUAGUGCGUGCGGUAGUGUUUGUGAGAUGGUGAUGUGCUGUUUGCGAGUGCAUACGGAUGGCCCGCUGGAGUGCUGUGCGCCGCCGCUGAUUGUGUGGUUGGGGCUGUAUCAUUUUAAUGUUGACUUCUCCGGAGCGAAGUAUGAGCGUCGGAGAAGGCAGGUUCUCACGACGAUUAAGUGGUAUGGCACGGAGUGCCGUACGAGGCGCUAUUGCGCCUCUAAGUAGCGCAGCUGCUGCUGGUAGCAGCAUCUGCCGUUUGUCUCUUUCUAUCUUACAGUACUGUUCUGCCGUGUUUUUGCUUUUAUGGCUGAAGUGCUUACUUCCCGCCCACCCACCUUGAUCUGCCGGUGGGAGGCAACUGAGAGACGCCUAACGGCCACUAGGUCUGCCGGUGGGAGGCAACUGAGAGACGCCUAACGGCCACACGGUCAAAGUGAACUUGGGGUUUCGGGUUUUCAGCACUGACUGUGGGGCUUGCUGUUUGCUUUGUUGCUUGUAACGUUGAGGAGUGAGAAUGAGUGUUGUGUGGCUAGGCGGUGAUGGACGCACUGUGCGUGUGCAUGCGGGACACACCUAGGGUGUCAGCGACUGCACGCAGUAGCGUGAAGGUAUGGUGAUGCAUGUGUGGGCUGAAGUUGAGGCAGUCCACGUCCCUGAGUCGACGGGACGCUGUGUGGUACGGUACCGCACGUUCACGCAGCCCGCUGACUAAGGGUGUGAAGAGCUCGAAUAGCUGGUUGGGGGCUUCUAGCCCAUUCAUCUCAGCGAAGAUGUAACAGUAUCAAGGA